CACAUAUAUACACACACAACCGCCUAUAUAUAUCCCUGAAAAUAUCCCAAACUGUUCUUCUCUGCACAUUUCCUUACAAAAUCGAACCCUAAAAAUCAGAAUUAAAUCGAAUUGUCUCCAUGGCCGAUGCUUACUGCUCCGAUUGCAAGAAGAACACCGAGGUGGUGUUCGAUCACUCCGCCGGCGACACCGUCUGUUCCGAGUGCGGACUCGUUCUCGAGUCUCAUUCCAUCGACGAGACCUCCGAGUGGCGCACCUUCGCCAACGAGUCGGGCGACAAUGACCCGGUCCGUGUCGGUGGGCCCACCAACCCUCUGCUAGCUGACGGUGGCUUGUCCACUGUGAUUUCCAAGCCCAAUGGUGUUACUAGUGAUUUCCUCUCGUCCUCUCUCGGCCGCUGGCAGAAUCGGGGAUCGAAUCCGGAUCGCUCGCUUAUUCUCGCUUUUAAGACCAUUGCCACCAUGUCUGACAGGUUGGGCCUUGUUGCGACUAUCAAGGAUCGAGCUAAUGAGAUAUACAAGAAGGUGGAAGAUCAAAAAUCUAGUCGAGGAAGAAAUCAGGAUGCUAUAUUGGCUGCUUGUCUGUACAUCGCUUGUAGGCAAGAAGACAAGCCACGUACUGUGAAGGAAAUUUGCUCGGUUGCCAAUGGAGCGACAAAGAAGGAAAUUGGCCGAGCAAAGGAAUACAUAGUGAAGCAACUGGAGCUUGAAAAGGGCCAGUCAGUGGAGAUGGGAACCAUACAUGCUGGGGAUUUCAUGAGGAGGUUUUGCUCAAAUCUUGGUAUGACAAAUCAAACUGUUAAAGCUGCCCAAGAAGCAGUUCAAAAGUCUGAAGAAUUUGAUAUAAGGAGGAGCCCUAUAUCAAUUGCUGCAGCAGUUAUAUAUAUUGUAACUCAACUGUCAGAUGAGAAGAAGCCCCUCAAAGAUGUUUCACUUGCGACUGGAGUUGCGGAAGGGACAAUCAGAAAUUCGUACAAGGAUCUCUACCCUCAUCUUGUAAAAAUCAUACCUAGCUGGUAUGCUCAAGAAGAGGACCUGAAGAAUCUCUGCAGUCCAUGAAUUGUUGUGCAGUGAGCACAACAAUUGCGGGAAAUAUAAAAACAUUUUCGAACUUGAGUUGGAGUAUUUCUUUUUAUUUUGGGGAUUGGAAUGGAAAUAACUAUAGAUGACCAUUUCGGUGAACUCCUGUAGACCGGUAGCAAAACAUGACCAGACCAAAUGUUAAAAAUUCUAAACUUGUACAUUGGUUUUAAUUUUAUUUACAUUCUUCUAGACACAAAAAAAAAAAAAAAGGAGAAAAGAUUCAAAUUCA